UUGAUCAUGCACUACUACCAUCCAUGAACAUGCGUCAGCCAUGAUCUUGUCGCGUGAACAGGGGGCGUACCUAUAACUUUCUGACAGCUUUAACCAAUGCGAGUGUUCAUUUCUCCUGAUGUAUUUGCAUUACAAUACCUGACUGUCAAUCAUAUCUAACUGUCAAACACACCAAAUUCUGUUCAGCGGCUAUAAAUUUCGGGCAAGACCCGCACAAACCCCAGUUUCUCCGGAACUCCGAAGCUAUCCAGACUGCGGACCGUCAUCCCAGCGGACAACCUCAGCGCCUUACUUCAGUUGACCAGAACUUAAAACGAAGCGUCCCAAUCCAGAAAUGGCGGCACACCACUAUAAGUACAUCGUGAGCCAGGACCAUCCUCUUGUCAUGACCCUCAAACAUUUCAGCAACGACGACAACACUCAAAUCGUUGUCAUGGGUAAACAAGCGCACAAUAAGGACUACCAACUGUGGUACCAUAAGGAUGACAGCUAUAUAAUAGCUAUGGCUACUGCAGACAACAGAGCAGUAACUAACGAAGUGACGACACCAGCAAAUGGUAAUCGUAUCUUCAAUAGGACGAAGACUGGUGCUCAGAAUCAGAAGUGGAACAUCGUGCCCACCGACGCGGGAGCGGUGUACAUUACCCCAGAGCUGGAUAAUAAUUUGGCCCUGACACUGAAGGACGGCAACCCGCAGGAAGGGACUGAAGUGAUUCUGACACCAAUUCUAGAUAGUGGAAUCCCUACUGGAAGUCAACUGUGGAAAUUUGAUCACAAGUAAACUUAAAAUGCACUUAAUGUGAUGAUUAUCAACAAUCACAAUAUUGCAUUUUUUGUGUCAUCAACUAUCCAAUCUAUCUAUCCAAUAUGUAGCUGGGGGUGAACAUUGCCUCUUCUAUACACGCACUUGUAUGGCCACAGCAAGCAAAUUGUAUGGAUGACACCUCCUUUGAAGACUCAAACUUUAAUGUAAGAGGGUGAAAAAAACACGAUUGGUAAAAUAAUAGACAUUGUAACAAGAAUUGAAGCAACAAAACAUGGUAUUGCAACCAACAAGUCUUUUACUUCUGUAUUCAAAAGGUACCCAAAGUGACACCAGUGUGUUAGACUGGUUCACUUACCAAGUAACUUAUCUAUGAACAGUCAUGGCUUAGCCACAUUGGUCCCACUUUUUGUUAUCAAACUAGGUUUGUAAGUACAAUCAAGGAUGCCACACCAUUUAAUUUUGGUACUCAUCAUAUUGACCAUCUCUGGAGGGGGAAAAUUCUUUUUUUUCAAAAUUAGGUGAAAAUCAAUGCCCGAUGUUAUCCAUCAAAUGUACUUGCUGUGGCCUAAGGUUUAAGUUGUUGUUGUUGUUGUCCUUCUUUAACGUCUACUUCACUGCUAGACAUGGUCUCUUGGUGCUUAAACUAUAGCUCAUUGGAAAUACUAUAACGCUAACAAAAACAACUGAAGUGGUUUGCAACCUUUGUAGACGGUUAUGAUGACAUCAGAUAAACUUGCUAGUAUUCAACAAUAUGUUCUGUACUGUCGCCAUUGUCACGAGUCUAAAUACAUGUAUCUAAUUCCAUGUAAUUUUUCAUAUUCCAUAUACAUAUACAUGGUACAUGUACAUGUAAUAUGUGUGCAGUUGCAUGGAAAGGUGAAAGAUUUCUAAGGAUAUCCUUGAGAGUGUAUUCAGGUAACUCUCCUGCCUUUGUACUAAAGAACUCUUACGAGGGGGCUGAUCAGACUGAAGUCAUGCGGUUACAAGGUAGUACAUAAUCCUUGGACCUCUUUACCACAAUUCUCUUUACUUUCCCUUUAUCAUAUUGUUUAAGGUGUUUACAAAUUCCAUUUUCGUACAUGUAACCCCUGACUUCAGUCAAUUUUGUCACAUUUUUUUUUUUCAUUUUGUCAUAACGUAUUUAGAAUCAGGCACACAAUGUCCCUCUAGAGACAGACAACAAGUUGGCAACAUCCAGAGUGUGAGUAGUCCUGAAUUUUGGGAAGAUAGUAAGUCUAUAGGGAUGUGAAUCUUGUCAUAGGGGUAGACGCUGUGCCAACAGAUUUUAUUGCUUUUUAUUACCAUUUAUCUAAAUGCAGGCACACAAUGUCCUUCUGAUAGCACAUGUCAUACCAUCUAUACCUGGUGAAAAAUGAGAAACAAUCAGAUUGUGAAUUUUCAUGAAAUCAUGUAAAACCACAAGUCUAAAGGAAUGAUGACUUUGUUAUAGAAGUAGACGCUGUGCUAAUAGACCUUACAUAUUUUUUUUUGCUAUUUUAACAUAGUUUAUUGGUAAUCAGGCACACAAUGUCCUUCUAAUGACAAAUCAUACUAAGUUUACUUGGUGAAAAGUGAGAAAUAUUCAGAUUGUGAGUUUUCCUACAUGUUCGAAGGCGUUAAGCCUUAGGAAAUUGUGGUUCUGUCAUAGAAGUAGACGCUGUGCCAAUAGUUUUUGUUUUUCAUUGCCAAUGUUUUCGAUACAAGCAUCUCAUGUUGAGACCGCUGCUACACCCAUAUUAGCAGACAGGCUGUUAGUCAACUACAGCAGUCUAAAACAUGUGUAAAACUAUCUACACAUAGAGGUGCUGUAUCUAUAUCAUUGGCACCUUUUUUCAAGUAUACAUUAUCUAUAGGAAACGAUAAGUGAAAUUUAGACCCCAGUCUAUACAGUUGAAAGUCUAACACUGCAAAGUAAGAACCGCUUUGUUCCAUCUAAAGCCAAAGGAAAGCAUGUACUCUGGUCUCAGAGUUAACACUUAUAUGGAAGACCCGUGAAACUUGUGUGAAUGUAGUUUAAGACAAGAAAAAACUGCAUUGCUUACCUUUGUCACAGGUAUGACUUUCAUGACUGUACAUCAAUGACGUCAGCAGAUUUUUAUGUUAUGUUAUCCUAAGAUGAAUGGUUGAUGGGAAUGUUAAAGAACUUGUGACAUGUUAAGAACUUGAGACCCAAAAUGUAUAAUAACGAAUAAGAAGACAAAAUGUUACCAUUUUCUUAUGAUCUGUUAUAGGCUUGAAAAAAAUAUGAACUAACUGGGGAAAGCACAUUAUAGCAAAAGAAUUAUCAUGUCAAGGAUCUAGGAAUACAACUGGAAAUAGUACAUUGUGUUACAUCUUUUGUUACAGUCCCCAGAAAAAAAACAAUGAAAACUAUUUUUAAUAUCAAGUCUUUUAACACGCGUACAGUUACCAACACUACUGUAUCUGCUGUCUGACAUUGAGACUGGCGAUGUUAAGGAAGUUGAAGAUUUUGUAGCUCUGGCUUUUUCAUUAAUUAAUAAUAAAGCGUAACUGCUUG